UCUGCAGUUGAGUUUUAGUUGUGCUCAAGUUAGAUUAGAGAUCAUGGCUUCUAGAACUAAAAGUUUAUCUUAUGAGGACUGGAGCUUCAAAUUUGGGAAGAUCACUGGACAAUUUUCGAAUUAUUUCAACGAUAAUUCUUUGUCCGAUGUGACGUUCUUGGUUGGAAAGGUUAAACAGAAAAUUCCUGGACAUAAAUUCAUCCUCAGCUCCUGUAGUUGGGAUUUCUACAUACUGUUCCAAUCUGUUAGAUUCGAUCAUGACACAAUUCACAUUGAAGACUUCCCGCCAGAGACUUUUCUGUGUUUUCUCAAAUUUUGCUACAUGGGUCAGGUUGAUUUGGUCGGAAAGGACGCCUGGGGAGUACUCAAACUUGCCUACAGAUUCAAUGUGAAGCAACUAAUUACGAAUUGUGAGGCAUUUCUCGGAGAACGAGCCUAUUGGGACAAUUGUCUGGAAUUUUAUACAAAAAGCCGAGCUUUGAGGGAGGAUACACCCCUUCAGAAGCAAUCUCUGGAGCUAAUUCAGAGACAUUUUGAUGAGAUAUUGCUGUACAAAAAAAGCUUCAAGGACUUCCUUAAACUACCUGUGGAUAUAAUUGAAGAAAUAUCUUCAUUGGAAAAUUUUCAAUGCGAUGAAAUCCUAAUAUUCAAUGGUCUGAUGAAUUGGGCAAAGGAAUCGUGCAAGAAAGAAAAUCUUCCGUGUGUUCCGCCGAAUUUUCGAAAGGUUUUACGUGGGGCCUUCAAGGAGAUUCGUUUUCCGGUAAUGGGAUUGAAAUGGUUUACGGAGAUUCUGGUUAAAUAUCCGGAUUUACUAACCCCAAACGAGACAGCCGAUAUUCUACGAUAUAUCCGGAAAGAAGCCAAUGAUUGUCCUGGUUUUAAGUCUUCCUACCGGAAAUGCAGUAUCAACCAUCCAAAGCAUUUUAUAAGCAAUCCCUACACAUUUGUUGAAUGCUUCUACAAUGGUCCAGUAAAGACGAACGUUUUCUCAUCCCAAAUGUCCAUCAAGUUCAAAUGCACCUCUCCGGGUUUGUUAAAAGGAUUUGGAUAUUUUGUCAGCAAAACCAACAAGGCGCCGAAAAUUAUAUCUCUCCAGCUAACGAAUCACGAUCCAUUGAAUGAAAUUAGAAUAGUUCAAAAUCUUAAUUAUCACCGUAGCAACUACUUUGCCCUACAAUCUGAUUACGGAUUUCGCCAGGAAUUAUUGGAGCAAGGAGAAUCAUUGGCAUCAAACCAGUGGUACACACUAACAAGGAGAGUACCCCAACCUUGGGAGCGGGAUCGGGACGAAACCUGUGGGGUUCGAUAGAGCAUGGCCAAGUGUUAGAACAAAGUGGUCUUACUUUAUUCGAAUAGGCCUUCAGUCCUUAGAAAUCUAGGGUUAAAGUUUUUUGUCCCUUAAAAUUCCGUGUCUUAGUUCAUGCCCAAUAUCUCAGGCUGUGCUGUAUGGAUUUCAAUGAGGUCGGGCUCGUUGGAAAGGUAGAUAGAUGGGCUACAACUUUUGCGAAGACACCAACUUUGUGGGGGCACCCCAUGGGGCUCAAAAGGGGGCUUCUUUCAAACAUUUGCCAUUUUCUCGAGAAAUUUAUUAGAUAUGUAUAUACUUUUUCUAGCCCAUGGGAUAGGCCUCGUGCAGCCCUACAACUCUUCCAUACAUGACUUUUCGCUCAGACAUCGUUAAAUAUGAGUUUUUCGCAUAUUUAUGAAAAUUCAUCAAAAUAUUGCAUUUGUUGCCAUUUUGCGUUGACAGCUCACAGGGUGCACAUGCAAAAGCGCCUCUGUACAGUGGGAAAAUGCCUUUGGGGAGAAUUGUGGGAUUUUUAUGCUUUCUUCGCGGCAGUAUUCAAUGGAUUUGGAUGCUCCUCGAUGAUGACCAUGCAAUUGGACAUUCUUUGGUGGUUGAUGAUGGCAUAUGAAGUUGUGCUAUGUACAUUUUUUCAGCAAAACAACAGUAUGCACUCUCUCAACACACUCCAAUGCUCCCGUACGUGUCUCAUUCGGUGCAAAUUCAUGCAAAAUUGUUAAAUAUGAAUGGUCAAGUGGUUGCCGAUGGACAUUGCUAUAUAUAUUUUUCAACAUUUACCAUUCUUUUUCCUCUUCAAAAAAAUUGAAGAAAAUACAAAUUAAAGGGAAAUUUUAUGUGUGCGGUGGGUGAUUGCUGAUGGAAAUUUUUCUUUCUUCUUUAUUGAAAUUUUUUCUAUUUUGAGGUGAUUUUUCCUUCUUCUUCUUCCACAAGAACAAUUUUUAAAGAAAUUAAAUUUCUUUUAUAUUGAAAAUAAUAAAAUUGGUAAAUGUAGGUUCUUCAACAAUUUGAAGAAAAUACAAGUUAAAGGAAAUUAAUUCUUCCUCAACUUCAUCAUAUAACUUUUUUUUUCUUUACAUAAAUAAAUUAAUUAAAUUUUUAUUUAAUAAAUUGGAGAAAAUAAUAAAAUUGUUAAAUGAGGAGGUUUGUUGCUGAUGGUAAUUUUUCUCUUCUUCUCAUUCAAUGUGUAGUAUUGCACUUUUCUUUACCAAUUUCUUCAUAUUAUUUAAGGUGAUUUUUUCUUCUUUUUCAACAACAUUUUUAUAGAAAAUAUAAUUUAAACGGAAUUUGUAAAUGUGAGUUGGGUGGUUGCUGAUGGAAAAUAUUCCUCCACUUUUUCUUAAAAAUAUUUUUUGUCAUUUUCUUUACCAAUUUCUUCAUAUUACUUUGAGGUGAUUUUUUUCUUCUUCAUCAACAACUCUUUUGAAGAAAAUACAAAUAAAAGGGAACUUUUUCCUUUAAAUAAAUUAAUAAAAUUAUUAUUUAUUUAAUUGGAAAAAAUAUUAAAAUUGUUAAUAGUGGUGAAUGGUGGUUACGGAUGGACAUUUUUUUUCUUUUAGUGUUAAAUUCUCUGUUCUUUACCAAAUUUCUAUUUUCUUCACCAACAUUUUCUUUUAAAGAAAAUUGAGGAAAUACGCAUUUGAUAAGGGAAAUUGGUAAAUGUGGGCUCUUCAACAAUUUGAAGUAAAUACAAGUUAAAGGGAAUUAAUUCUUCCUCAACUUCAUCAUAUAUUACUUUGAGGUGAUUUUUUUUUCUUCUUCUUCAACUGUUUGAAGAAAUUGGAGAAAAUAAUGAUAUUGUUAAUUGUGGUGAGUUGAGUGGUAAAUUUUUCCUCUUCUUUUCCAUCAAUUUAUUGCCAUUUCUCACCAAUUUCAUAAUAACACUUUGAGGUGAUUUUAAAGUGACUUUUUAAAGAAAUUUAAUUUAUUUUAUAUUGAAAAUAAUAAAAUUGGUAAAUGUAGGCUCUUCAACAAUUUGAAGAAAAUACAAAUUAAUUCUUUAUCAACUUCUUUCAUAUUACUAUGAGGUGAUUUUUUUCUUCUUCUUCAACUAUUUGAAGAAAAUACAAAUAAAAGGGAAUUUGUAAAUGUGCGGUGGGUGGUUGCUGAUGGAAAUUAUUCCUCAACUUUUUUUUAUAAAAUUAAAAAUAUUUUUUGCCAUUUUCUUUACCAUUUUUUUCAUAUUACUUUGAGGUGAUUUUUUCUUCUUCUUCAACUAUUUGAAGAAUUUGGAAAAAAUAAUGAAAUUGUUAAUUGUGGUAAAUUUUCCUCUUCUUUUUCUGCAAUUUAUAUCUUUCAACAUUUCCCUUUUCUUCACCAACUUCUUUCAUAUUAUUAUGAGGUGGUUUUUUUCUUCUUCUUCAAUGACAACAAUUUUGAAGACAUUAAAAUUGAAAGAUGUAGUAUUUGAUUGCCGAUGAAUAAUAUUAAAUAAGAAAAGAAACAUAUUGACAAUUUACAGACAUUUUCCAAUCUUAUAUUGGGGAAAUGUCUCUUCUUCUUCAACAACAACCCUGACAAAUCUUAUGGUAAAAAUAUUUAUUCAAAACUAUUUUUUCCUUUGUGAUUUCUGUGGUUCUAAAGAAAGUAUUUUUUAAAUGAACACAAUACGACCAUGGUCUUUGGGUAUUUGCAGAUGGCACAAUUGAAGAUAUAUUUUUUUUUAAUUUAUCAUGUUUUUUCCAUUAAACAUAAAAAGAGACAUAAUAAAUAUUAAUAAAAAAUUAAUAAAUUUAUUUGGUGAUAGUUGAAGAUGGUAACAAUUUUAACACUUGAGGAAGAAUUGUUUUGUGACUUCCUUGGAUGUAAAUUCGAGGAUCUGUAGCUUCUUUACUGCAAUUUGGUCACUUUUAGAGUUGCAAUUGGAACUGUUGUUAAUUUAAAUUUUUGUGUCAGCAAUAAUUUUUAUUUUAACAUCCUUUUCAUGGCUGCAGAGAGCAUUGAAAGUUCUUUCACAACAAUUAACAUUGAUUCUUCCACCUCCUCAUAGGGUCCAUGAAGUGAAAUUUCACAUUACAUUUACCUCAAGCUCAAAAAUACAAUUGAAAAGCAUUUUUGAAAAAGGGCUCUCAAACCAAAUGUAUUGCUGAUAAAAUAUUAUUAACACUUCCAUCUGCAACACCCCUUAAAAUUACCAUUGAAAAAACGUAAAAUAAAUCAACUCACAAAUAACCCCAAAGUAAAAUUUAAUUAAAUUAAUUCAAUUAAAAAAAAAAUUCUUGCCAAAUACCAUCUUCAACAUGAACCAAAGAUCUGCAUGACCUCACUAACCAUCGAGGUACAUGCCCUAGAGUGCCACAAAUCCAUUGCAAACCAACUACCAUGGUCAUUUCUAGCUCAAAUACAAAUUUGCAAGCGUCUGGGUCGAAAGCUUUAAUGAAUCUGGCAUCGGGUGUCUUGUAUGGCAUAAUAGCCCUGUGGAUCGUGUACUGGAUUCUCUAUUUUACAGUCCGGGGAUCUAAUCCCGCUGCGGAAUUUUCUUUUUUUCCCAAAAUUCCCCUUUUUACCAAUAAAUACCCAUUGGAAUGUCUCACAAAUUGCCAUGGGGAGUGUUCUGAUGGUGGACAGAGUGGAUGAUGGACAUACAAUGUCUUUUCUUUGAUAUUUUCUCAACAUUUCUCAUAUGUCAUUGCUGAAUAUCAUCAAAAUAUUAAUAAAAUUGCAAUUGACAAUUAUUAAAGAGCUCCCAUUGGGUUAUAGGGAGUUCAUUGAGAUCCUUGGCAUGAGCCUCAAGUGUUAUGCAGACCAUGGUCACAUGUUGAAGAUGGCCUCAAUUGUUAAUUUUUAUUCUUUCACAUGGAAAAUAAGUACAAAAAUUAUUCUUUCUACCUAAAUCUUUCACGGUGUGUAUUAUCGUUUUACCAUUCUUGUAGGUGAUCGUAAUGGUAAAAUUAUACAUUGCAGAUGGCAAGAUUUUUUCAGCAAUGCUAUUUUUUCCAAAUGUUUCCUAAAAAUUCCUUUUAAUUUCCAAAGUCUCUCUUGCAAGAGUUUGAGGUGGACUAAUUCUUAGAUUCAUCUUAAAGAACAGACCUUUAGGGGAGGGGGGGUGGUAUGUAUUGAAUAAAGAGAGAUAAUUUUUGACAAAAAUGUUAUUCUAAAAUUUUAAUUUUAUUUGUAUUGGUAAUUAAAUUACCUUUCAUGAAGAUUUUAGUUUUAUACUAUGAGGUUUGGUUAAUGAAAAUGACCUCAUAAUUAAGCCAUCAAUACUUUCGAAUCAAAGAAGUUAUUUUUAGUUUUUGAUAAGGUUUAUUUUUUUAUUGCUGACGAAAGAACUGAAAAUAGUAUUAAUAAUUCUUUUUUAGGAAAAUUGUGGAUUAGAUUUAUAAAAGAGGGUUUCUCACAAUCUAACGAUAAAAUGUUUAUCUUCAGGAGUAAUAUUGUUAGAAAGGGGAGAUUGAAAGAUUUUCAUUUAUAAUUUUUUUUAGCAUUUAUUACUGACCCAACAAUUGAAUUGUGAAGUGAAAUAAAUUGAGAAUUUACAUAAAAAAUACAUUUUUAGAACAAUAAUAAUUCUUUAUUGAGUGAUUUCCUAAGAAAAGUUUAAUAUUAUAAAUAUUUCAUAAAUAUUUUUGAUUCUUUGUUAAUACUUGGAGAUUCUAAUCAAAAUACAGUGGAAAGGAAAUUAUGUAAUAAAAUUUCUUUAGCGCUAUCUAUGCUAUUUUAUCUGUAAAAAUCAAACGUACUUAUAUCGAAAAAGUUGAAAAUGAAAUAAGAAAAUAAGGGUUCUUCUUCUCCUCACUCCUUCUUCUUCUCCUCCUCACUCCUUCUUCUUCCCUUCCUCACUCCUUCUCCUUCUCCUCCUCAUUUGUACCACGAAAAAUACAGAAUGGACCGACAACGUGAACGGUGUUAGCGGGUUUUCUCCUCAUCACUCCUUCUUCUUCUCCUCCUCACUCCUUCUUCUUCCCUUCCUCACUCCUUCUUCUUCCCUUCCUCACUCCUUCUCCUUCUCCUCCUCACUCCUUCUCCUUCUCCUCCUCACUCCUUCUUCUUCUCUUCCUCACUCCUUCUUCUUCUCCUCCUCAUUUGUACCACGAAAAAUACAGAAUGGACCGACAACGUGAACGGUGUUAGCGGGUUUCCUCCUCAUCACUCCUUCUUCUUCUCCUCCUCACUCCUUCUUCUUCCCUUCCUCACUCCUUCUUCUUCUCCUCCUCACUCCUUCUUCUUCUCCUCCUCACUCCUUCUUCUUCUCUUCCUCACUCCUUCUUCUUCUCCUCCUCAUUUGUACCACGAAAAAUACAGAAUGGACCGACAACGUGAACGGUGUUAGCGGGUUUUCUCCUCAUCACUCCUUCUUCUUCUCCUCCUCAUCACUCCUUCUUCUUCCCUUCCUCAUUCUUCAUUCCUCUUCUUUUACACAUGAUCUGCACAAUGCUGGGGGUGGUACUCCACAUAAAAGCAUUUGAAGCACAGGUAUAGCGAGCAGUGUGAACAGACGAUGAAUGCAAAAUUGCCUUCAUCGCAGUUCUCACAUUCGUGGUCUGCUGUGCCUCGUGGGAAGCACACCUGGCUGAUGCUUUCAAAGUGAGGCUUCUCCCCCGCCAGCAGCCCAGAUUUAUGCCAGGCAUACCUGUAAAAAAAUUUACAAAAAAAAUUAGUUGGUAUACCACAAUCGUGACAUAUCAAGUAUUGUAGGUAAUCGUCGGAAAACUUGAGCACCUCAUAUCGGGCUCUAAUUCGGUAUCAGUACACACCCAUGCCACAUUAUGAAAAUGGUGGUGCAAAUUUUAUUUUAUAGCUUGACGAGGUAAAUUGUCGCUUCGCUCCAAUUUACCUCGCCCCGCUUCGCAAGGAUUUGUUGCGCUUCGCGCAAAUUUUAGAGAGAAAAAUUGUGAUGGAUUAUAAGUAGUUUGAGUUCACUUAUCAAUCCGGAAAAAAAAAUUUGCAAAGAGAAGAAAUCAUUUUCAUACAACAUUUCAGGUGCCAAAUUCAAAAAUUCGCAAAAAAUGCAUGAAUUUUAUAUGGGGGCUACCUGAAGGGUGGCUUUGGGGGGAAAAUGAAUACGGCCAUCUGAAACCGCCUGUUAUAAGGGGCCUCUGUAACAAAUUUCAUCGCGAUCGGACAAACGGUGUGGAUUUGUAUAGAAAAGAAGGAACGACGAUUACCAACAAACAGACCUUUCUUUAUUAUAUAGAUAACGGCAAAUUAUAGAGAUUUCCUGCUUGAAGUUAUUAAUAGGUAUGUGAGUGGAAAUUUUUUUUUUCACAUGUUUAAGAUCCAAGAUAGAAGUUUAAAAUUUAAAUAUGUGGUAGAGAUCAUAGAGAUAUUUUCAUCAAUAAGUCAUACUUGAAAAUCGGUCAAGUCAUUUAGUAAAUAUUGUUGCUUAAUCCUUUAACGUCCAACGUGAAACAUAAAAACAUUGAAACAUGCGCUCUUUUAUCCCGAUUUUUAUUCUAUGAAUUUUUUUUAGAGGACUUUUCUCAGUCAGAACGUCUUCUUUCACCCCUUAUGCGUGAAUUUGAUGCAUUUGUAACAUGGAAAAACAAUUACGUUCAUAAAUAAUUGAAAAAAUAAAAUGUUUCACGUUUGGGUCAGCGUAUGACCCAAAAAACCUUAAAGGGUUAAAGAUAGACUUUACACGACAACUAUUUGACCAUAUUUGAUUACAAUCAACCUAAAUUAUAGGAUUCACAAAGCCCUACAUCUUUCUAGUGCAUAAUAUAUAUUCUUGAAGGUGUAAAAAUAUCAAGAAGUGUUUUUGUAAAACAAGAAGUUGCUAUUUUGUGUUCUUAAAAAACACACUUAACACUUUAAAAAUAUAUAUUAUUUAAAUAUCCGUAAAAUUGUGGUUUAUGUCAGGACCUUUCUAAAAUUGGUCAAGGACUUUUUGUAUACCUUGUAGAAUUUCAAAUCCGUCAAAUUGCUGAAUUUUAUUUAAAAAAAAUCAAUCGUGCUUUCUAAUACAACUCAUAAUUCAAUUACAACACAGAAAUACUUUAUGAGACACUAAUUCUUAUAAAUGGACGCGUUUUUAUUCCCUUACCGAAUCAUAUUCUGGAACUUGAUCGAGGAAAAGAUGAAAUGAAUGAGGGCAUGGAUUUUGAUAACGUCCUCUCUUGAUGAAAGUUGUUUCCCAGACUCCAAAACUUCCAAAUAAUUUUGGAUCUUUUUCAGCAGAUCUUUCACCUGGAAGACAAAUACAUAACAUUAAUUAAUUAAAUUUCAAAAAAUAAUAAAUUAAGAGAAAAGAAAAAUACGAAAAAAAUGCAUGCAAUGUUGAUAUAUACUCUCUUGAAAAUAUAUUUCAAGUGAUUUUUUCAUAGUUAAUUAUUUUGCUUAAAAUUGAGAUUUUACCGUGUUUUUAGGUAAAUUAAUGUUUAUGGAGUUGUAGAAAAGAUUUUAGAAUGCAAAAACAUUUAAAUUUUUCAAGUUAUUGAAAUAAUAAAGAAAAUCUUGCAACUUUGUCAACUAAGGAGUAUAUUCUCUUGCAACAUUACUUAAGAGUUUGCAAAGUCAAAUUUAAAUUUAAAAAGUUAAAGAUAAAGUCAAAGUAAAAUUUUAGUUUUACCAAUCUGUAAAAGAAUACAUCACACGGUUGGGCGAUGGGUGUGCAGUGCUUAGGUACGAUCUCAACGUCUGCUGUUGCAUUUCCGUCCUCGUCUUUGCAGACUUCUUGGAAAAUAUUUUGGUCGGUCUGACCCCCCCAUGAAUCGAUAGCAAGAAGAAAUUUUCUAUUUCCGCAGUACGGCUUUACAACCGUUUUCACAAAUUUCUAGAUUUAAAAAAAAAAUAUUAGUUUUGAAAAAGAAAUCCAAAUUUUUUUUGUAACUAAACGAAAAAUAAAAAAUAACCUCUGAGAAGCAGUGACAUAUUUCUUACUAUAAGUCAAUAAAUAUAAAAGACGAGGUAAAUUGUCGCUUCGCUCCAAUUUUCCUCGCCCUGCUUUGCGGAAUUUUAAAGGAAAAAGGAAUUGUGAUUAAUUCAAAUAGAUAAUUGAAAUAUUUAAUCAUUUAUGACAAUCGCCUGGUAUCAGUAGUCUCUGUACCAAAUUCUUAAAAUAUUAUAGACAGCAUUCCCAUCUUUUGGAAAUAAAUUCCCUGGUUAUCUGAAGAGGUUGUGUAAAAAUUUCAGCUCAAUCCGACCACCACAAGAAAAGUUAUUAAGGAAAAUGUGGAAGAAGGGAAUUCAAAAAUUGGUGUAACGGCCAUGCUGCGGGAAAUUUCUUAGAAUGAAGUUAAUCACAUCAUCAAUCAUGUGGGUGAAGGGUUGUUUUUACGUUCUCACUUUACCUUCUCAGUGUCAAAAUUAUCGCGAAUAAGUAACAUAAACCACAUAAAACAUAAUUAGAAGCAUAUAAAUGUUGAAAACAAUAAAGAAUAAAUUAAUUAAAUGAAAUAAAAAAAAUACCUUGAAGAGAAAUUUGUUCAUUUUGCCACUUUUGGUGGACACUAUUACAACAUUUUUAUACAAUGCUGUAAGGCGGUCCAUUGCCUUUUGGACGUGAGGGCCAAAUUUUCCGUCCUUAGUAUUUUCCCUCAGGCAAAUAAAGACGUGCGGGAGUAGCUUGCCUGAGGCUGUGAUUGAGUAUUGGACGGUGUAGCUAUGAGAUACCUUGUUAAGGUCCCCAAGACAUACCUAAAAAAAAAAAGAAAAAAAAACAUAAAUAAAUAAACCAACAAAGCGGGACCUUAACAAGGUAUCACCUAGCUACACCGUACAGUAUUCCAUCACAACCUUAAGCAAACUACUCCCGCAUGUCUUCAUUUGCUUGAGGGAAAAUACCAAAGACGGGAAAUUUGGCCCUCACAUGCACCGUCUUACAGCAUUUUACAAAGCGUUUAAAAGGUUUUCAUAUAUACUAGGAUAAGUGAACUUUGAAAAAAAUUUAAUUUGGAAAUUAAAUUAUAAUAUUUUUUUAACAAUCAUAAACAUCACCUGACUUUUGUCGUUAUUUUUUUAAACAAUUUACUUAUUUCCUUUUUUUAGCUGUGAUUCUUUCUUCAAAAUUACGAAUUAGGGUUCCCACAUUUUAAAAAGCGUAUGUCAAAAAAAAGAUUUUUUCCGGCCUUUUGUCCUUCUCUUUCAUUUGAUAAUUAUUUAUUUCACAAAAGAUUGCAAUAAAUUAUUACAUUUUGACCAUUUUUUUAAGCGAUAUCGAUUAAUAUUUUUAUAUGUUAAAAAACAUUCUAAAAAGAGCAAAAUUAAUUUAGGAAAUAAUUUUUUCAAAUCGAAUUUAUUUUAAAGAUGAUAUUAAAAAAAGAACAUAACUUCAAGAUAUGUUAGAAAAUACAUAACGCUAGUUAAACAAACUAUUUUUCCUCACAAAUACACAAAAAGGAAACCUGAUAAAUUAAAUUUCUCUGUCGUCUAACAAAAUAGGGGUAAAAUAUUUGAUUUUUUUUAUUGAAAAAGAAAAGAAAAAAAUUAUAAACGAAGUAAAUUGUCGCUACGCUCCAAUUUUCUUUUGUUACGCUUCGGGCAAAUGUUAGAGAGAAAAAAAAGAAGUGUGAUGGUUUAUAAAAGUAGAUUUGGGCCACUUAUCAAACCCGAAAAAAAAUGCAAAGAGAAGAAAUCAUUUUCAUACAACAUUUCAGGUGCCAAAUUCAAAAAUUCGCAAAAAAUGCAUGAAUUUUAUAUGGGGGCUACCUGAAGGGUGGCUUUGGGGGGAAAAUGAAUACGGCCACUCGAAACCGCCUGAUAUAAGGAGCCUCUGUACCAAAUUUCAUCGCGAUCGGUCAAACGGUGUGGAUUUGUAUAGCUAUAGAUACGAUUACCAACAAACAGACCUUUCCUUAUUAUAUAGAUAAAAAUCCAUAGAAAAAUUAUACAUAUAUAUUGUAGUGAAAAUAUUUAAUUGUUAACAUGAGAGUGACUGUGAUAGCUAACCCUCUUUCAGCGUCGCAUGGUCCUCUCAGCUUCACAGCUUACGAGAAAAUGACCAACGCAUGAUAAGCACCGCUAGAGCAAUGCUUAUCUACUAUCACAGCCCUCUUCUAAAGAUAUACAUACACUCACACAUAACUGAAUUCAGAACAUGGCUCAGGAUAAUAUUUUUAGUCUUUGGUCUCAUUGCCUACAAUAUAUUAAAAAAAAAAAUUCUGUACUAUAAAACACUCACCUCCACGGAUUUCUCGCCUUUAUAAGCAUAUGUGCGCUUAACAUCAAUGCGGUACUCCACCCCGCUUUGAUCUGUAUUGAUCACAAGAUCAGGAUCAUAAUCCUGCAUCUUUCGACACAUCACCUCACGGAAAUUUGUGACUGCAUUGUGGAUGGACGCCUCAUCCAGAGCGCCUUUGCUUUUAACAUAUUUUGUGAUCUAUAUUGAAAAUUAAAAAAUGUCAGACGUUUACAAAAAAAAA